UUAUAUAUAGUGUGCCUAAUGCUUUCUUUAUUCUACUACUAGUAAUAGUAAUAGUAAUAGUAAAUGUAUUUUGUUGAAGUGCAGGCAAAAUGGGAAGAUCAAAAAUCAAAGUGGAACUUAUUCAAGAUCACAAGAAGAGGAUGAACACUUCUGUAAAACGGAAGGCUAGCUUAGUCAAGAAAAUUUCAGAACUCUCAAUACUUUGCGACAUCAAAGCCUGCAUGAUCAUAUAUGAUGAAGGAAAUAGUAAUUGUGAAAUGUGGCCAAAUGAAGUUAAAGAGCUAAUAAAUGUCUACAAAGAUCAACCAUUUGAAGGACGAACCAAAAGGGGUAAGACAUUGUCCAACUAUUUCAAAGAUGAGAUCAAAGUAGAAAAGGAUCUGGAUUCAAGAUUUGACUAUUUCGAGAAUGAUGAAAAGAAAAAGGCUGAUGCAAUCAAUGUAGAAAAGUAUCCGACUUGGGAUUCAAGAUUUGACUAUUUAUCUCAAAAAGAAAUACAAAAUCUUGUUGGUGUUAUCUCAAAAAGGAUGGAGAAUGCAAAAGGAAGAAUAGAAUUGUUGAAGAGCAUGAAUGGAAGUUGCUCACUUUCUCACCGACAACAAAUAUGGGACUACAACAACUUGAUGAACCAAACAUCUCCAUGGCCUAUUUCUGAUCAUGUGAAUUCUUUCAACAACUUUUUUCAAUCAAAUAUUGGUGUGAAUUCAAUGAUGGAGUCAGAAAACUGGUUGGCAAAUGAUGAAAUUGGUUCAAGUUUGGCAAUGCAUCCUAUGGGGAAUAAUUAUGGGAUUAUUGAUUCAAGUACGACAAUGAUGCAGCCUAUGGGGAAUAACGAAAUUGGUUCAAGUUCAACAAUGCAGCAGCCUAUGUUUCAGUACCCUUUCAUGUACAAUGGCUCUACCCAUGUCAUUGGUUCAAGUUCGACAAUGCAGCCUCCUAUGGGUCAGUACCCUUUCACAAACAAUGACGACUCUACUGGGGAUAUUGGUUCAAGUUCAAUGCAGCCUAUCGGGAAUAAUAAUGAGAUUGGACCCAUGGACAAUGACUCUACUUAUGAUUCCUGUACAUUUUAUUAUUGAUCAUCAAUAUAAUUAAUUUUCUUUUGAAACUGUUGGAUCGAAGAAAACAAAUUAGGAAGUGUUAUUUUUGUUAGAUCAAAUGUGGCUUGUAAUAUUAACUUUUGCGAUGAUACAUAUUAGUUAUAUGUAAUAAGAAUACUCCCUCUAUAUAUUCACUUGCACUUGUUCAUAUUAGCUCUUUAUCAUAGUGUCAUUAGGAAGAGAUGUAAAGCAAACAGAUGAAACAUGGAGUAGUGGUUUCACAGGAUUCAGCGAAUUGUCUUGAUUGUGGAGUAUAAUCAAUGCAAUAGAGAACUUAGGAUUCGAUGCAAAAAAUUAGCCAGAGGAGCGGAGCUUAUUAGAGCCUUUCCUCUAUGUAAAGUGCACUAACUCUAAUAUAAAGGCGUACCGUUUACAUGAUGGGUGUUUUGAUCGUGAAUUAUAAUCAAUGCAAUAGAGAACUUAGGAUCCGCUGCGAAAAAUUAGCCAAAGGAGUGGAGCUUCUUAGAGCCUUUACUCUAUGUAAAGUGCACUAACUCUAAUAUAAAGGCGUACCUGAAAAAAUGUUCAAAAACAAACCUGUAUGGGAAUGGACACAUAUAUUAUGACUGUUUUCAAUUUGAGGAAUUGAAUUGUGCAAAAGGAAGCAAUUUCUCGAAAUAACCCAAAAUAUCGAUCGAUUGUAGUGUAGAGCUGAUUGUUUACUAUAUGACAUAUAUUGAGAAGAAGCUGAUCAUGCAAUGUGCA